ACUUCAAAGGAAACGCUUCGAAGGCGUGUGACAAGAAACCUCAGAGAGCGUUUCCUCUGUCUGGGGUCCAUUCACAAUUUCACAUUUCAUUCAUAUUCAUUACUUCAUGGUCCUUCAACAAGCUCCUUAAUUUCAUUCUCUCCUUCCACCUUUUCCUCACGCAUCACCGUUUCUUUUGUUUCUGUCUUAGUGUGCCGUGUCCCAAUACAUACAUAAUAGAACAACAAACACACACACAUAACUCUCUCUCUCUGCUGAGGUAAUUACUGAAAUCCGUGCCUGCUUCCACCCUUUUGCCGAAGUUUGCAAAUUUUUCUCUUAUAUUGUGUCUCUGCUCUGCUUGCAACCAAAGCUUUCCAAUUUCCUCUACUGGGUCUUUCUCUUUUGCCUCUGGGAAAUGGCUAAUUGGAGAAAACAACAAGGUGAGAGUCAUCAUCAAGUGGGUCAGUGGCGAUCCUCCUACAACAGAAAGCCACCGUUGGGAGAUAAGUGGCAUUCAACAGUGCCUGCCUGGGAAAGGAAAUUCUGCACUUCAAUUGGCUCAGUUCCAUGGCGAAAGCUAGUAGAAAGCAAGAAGUACAUGCACCUGUUUGAACAUGUGGUAAAUUGGGAUGACUCUGCCGGCAAAGAGGCAUUUGACAAUGCAAAAAUGAGGUAUUGGGCUGAGAUCAACGGUGUUCCCUGCAACAUAUCAUUGCCUGAUCCCAACAUUUACACCGAUGAAGUAGAUUGGAAUGCAAUUGUUGACCCUCAACUUAUUCUGGAUAUGGAAAUGGAAUUAGCAAAGGUCCCCAAUGAGGAACUAAGGAAUGAUCACGAGAUUGUGAUGAUUGGUGGCGCUCUCUUCCUGAACGAGCAACAGCUUCCGUGUACCGGAUGGGACGACGAUUAUGCUGCCGAAGCACCAAAUCCAAAUUCUGCUGUCCAAGGCUGGGCAGCAAAUCUGCAAGCAAAUAAUGGAGUAGAAUCUGGGCAACGGAAUCAUGCUCCUGCCGAACAUGUAGAAGAACAUUUUGCUCCUGCCAAACCUGCAAAAGAAGAUUUUGCUCCUGCUGAACAUGCUAAAGGAUAUGAAUGGCAAGAUUGGAGGAAUGAUUCUUGGGGUUGGAAUCAAAGGGAGAACAAUGGUGGUGGUGGUGACUUGCACAAAAUGGGAAGAGGGAGAAAUGGUCGAGGGUAUGGUAAUUGGGGAACAUGGGAUGGCUAUAACAGAAGGAGGGAAAACAUGUCAUGGUCUAAGACCCCUACUAAUGGUAAUAAUGAGUAUCAUGUGAAUAAUAGGGGAAGAAGAAACUAUAGAGAAGGAGGAGGAAGAAGGGGCAAUUUUGUUUAUGUGCCUAAGGAGGUGCCUCCUACUCCUACUCCUGCUGGAUGGUAAGUGAGUGCAAAGGCGAAGUGUCAAAGACCUUAGGCUGAGACUGCAACAAGGGGACCCCAAUGAAACUGCUGAGGUGGCUGAAGAUAUAUAAAUUUUGGUAUCUUGGUAAAACAUGUAAGAUAUGGUAGUAUAUAAGAAGACAAAGACAGCAUCCUAUAUUCUAAUACAUUUCUAUGAAAGGUUUAUGGUAUAUUUUGGAGUUUAUAGUUUAAGAAUAGUAGUACCUGCCGUGUUGAUAGGUUUAUGUAUAUGCAGAGAAAAUAUGCAUAGACAAUUUUAAAUGAAGCUAAAUAGUGCAUUCUUGUCUCCUUGAUGAUC